AUGUCGCAGCUUGCGCUCCAGACUCGGAGUGCCCAGGGCUCUACUUCAGAAUCUGGUCCUUGUGCUGCGGAUGCUGGUUCGACGGCCGCAUCUGCGACUCUGACUGGCGCUGGCACUGGACAUGCUGCCCCCACUGCCGCUGCUGUUGCUGGUGCCAGGGCUCCUUCUGGUCAUACUGGCGGCGAGGGCGGUGAUGGUGGUGGUCAUGGUCAUGGUCAUGGUCAUACUCAUACUCCUGCUAUCGCUGCUGGUGUCACUACUCGCCUGCCUCCUCACCAAAAACACCCUCUUCACCGGCUCCAGGUAGCAGAUGCUGCCCCAAAGUACACCUCCUCCUCAUCCUCGCCCUCCUCCCAGGAUAGCCCCACGACAGGCCUCUUGAUCCCGGCUCCCGAUCCUGCAAGCAUUACAAGCACCACAAACACAAGCACCAGCACCGCUGCCAGUCACUUUCACAGCGGUGCCACUACUGUGGCCAGCCCUCUUCUGACCCCAUCUCCAAGAUCUCCUCGCCGCCCGAUCCCCAGUCCUCUACACGAGAGCACCGCAGUCUCUUCUCCGACGAGCCCAUUCUCAGUUCGGUCUUCGUCCUUCUUCCCGCUCGUGGCCAACUUCUCAGUGCCACGCUCCAAGACACUGCCCGACAUUGUAACGACCCCAACCGACGAUCUACGCUCUCCUGUCGACCUCUUGGGGGAACCGCAGACGUACUACCAAAGUGAUUCGUCCAGUUCGUCAACACCCGAACGCACCGCGCCACGCAGACCGAGAAUAUCGCCGCUUCCCUCGAAUGAUAGUCGCAGUGCCUCCGAACCAUACCUAAAUUCCAGGCCUUCUGCAGGCCCGCCCCGAUCCCCAAUGUCUACACCUGGAGGCUCGGCCGCUGCCUCACGGGGCCACCCAGGCAAAGGUGCACCGCGGAACUCGUCAAUGGACUCGGCCAUUUCGGCCAUCUCCACAAAGUCUCAAUCGCAAAGAGGCGCCUCCGGCAGCCAAUCAUCUGAUCCUACAGAUAUCGCUGCGUUGAUUAAGACAGCAGGCAGUCCGGAGGCCGUGAUUCAAUACCUUCUUAAAGAAAAGCAGUCACAGUCACAACAAAAUGCACAGUUAUGGCGCCUCGUCGACAAGCAACGAGCCAUGAUUCUGGGGCUGAACAAGGAUCUGGAACGCGCGUUGAAAGACAAGGAAAAAUACCGGAAGAAACUGAAGGAAGUUAUCAACGUUCCCGAAACGAUAGCCUCCGAUGGCUCAAGAACUAGCAGCAAGGUCAUGAAAAUGCCUGUGCACAAGGCGAUACCGACGGUUGAUAUCAGCGCUCCCAAAGAGCGACAAGUCGUGGCUCCAGAUUCCCCGAUUCUGGAUUCCGACAGCCAAAAGCAUUCCCCGGUCGACCUGGCCAUGGCGCCCUACCCGAUCACACCUCCGGCGGAUCAACCGAAUGGCCCUCCGUCAGCUGUCGGCGAGCUGCUGGAUCCUUCACACGAGAUGCCCAGAGCUCAUGAACACGCCUACGACCAGUUCAACCACGACGCGGAGGAGCAAGCUGCCGACGCCGCUCGCAAAGCGCUUGAGGCGGAACAGUUCAUGGACCUCCCUGUCAGCAUGUCACUGCCGCCAUCUCGCAGCUUACCCAGCCAGCCACCCAGCGUCCCUCCCCCGAGACCUCCUAAAGCACCUCCAAUCGACUCGGCUACUGAUGAAGGGUUGUCCCAAUUUCCCGCACCACCCCCACGCAAGCCACCUCCAGCUCCGUUGCAGCUUGGUAGCAAAAGCCAGGCUGUUGCCGAGGAGGAGGAAAGUGAUACUGACUUCGACGACAUCUUGGAGGUUGAUGAAAUCGUCAGCGAGGCGCGUGGUCGAAGAAGAACGCGAGAGGAGGACGAUCGCGAUAGGGAAGUCUUGGUUCAAAAAGAGAUGGAGAGGAGGAGCUUGUCGAAGAAGAGCACGCCCACUGAGACAAUCACGGCACCCACCGACCUGCCACCAAGCCCGCCGAAGCGAAUGCACCGCGACAACGCUCCUGCCUCUCUGGCUGGAGUACUCAGCCCCCAGACUCUUGACGCUCCGCUCUUGAGUCCCGGUUUGCCGUCCAGCCCGCGCCCGCUAGGAGUUCCGGUGGUUGACAGCCCUGCCCACUCCCCAAGAGGCGCGGGAUCAUUCCCCUCCGGCCCUCUGUCACCGCGACCGCCUCGUCAACCCAUCCCCCUUCCUCCAGGACACUCUCUUCAGACUCCACUGCCUUCUGAGCCUAUGGUAUUGAAGAGCCCCCAGCCCCUCAACAUCGUAAAGAAAGGCAGUCAGUCGCCUCCUAGCGACAGGAGCCGCAUGAGCCCAAUUGAGCGCGGUGAUCCUGGCCGUAUUUUCAAGGGAUUCGCCAGUGAAGAGUACCCCGACUUGCUGCUCGGACCUAACGUCUUGCCAACGAUCAUAGUCAAGGUUGCUUCCUCACGUAUGAAGCCGUCGCGAGCGAGUCUCAUUUCCCUGACACAACUGGAAGAGGACCCUGUAUUCACUCUCGCCAUCUUCUCGCGAUCUGAGCCUGGAGAGUUGUGGCGGGUUGAAAAGGAUUCGGCCUCUUUAGCGAAGUUGGACUCCAGGUUGAAGCAGUGCUCAGCUUUCACUGCCAAGACGCCCGAGAGAUCACUAUUCAGUGGCCAUGCUCCUGCCAAGCUCGAUGCCCGACGAGUGGCACUCGACCAGUACCUUGAAGAGGUCCUCGAAUGUCCUUUGGACACUGCGAGCGCUCUGGAGCUCUGCAAGUACCUCUCGACGAACACAUUGCCUCCCAAUGCCGACGAUGCCGGGUCGAUGGAGACAUUGGUCGAGAACAAGACCAAGGUUGGACCGGGUGGUCGUCCGUUCAGAACAGGCUAUCUCACUAAGCGGGGGAAGAACUUUGGUGGUUGGAAGGCGCGCUUCUUUGUUCUCGAUGGUCCUCACCUAAAGUACUAUGAGACUCCGGGUGGUGCUCACCUAGGUACCAUCAAGUUGCCCAGCGCACAAAUCGGCAAACAGUCCCAGAGCAACGACAAUCAAUCCCCUCAGCAGUCAGCAAACUCCGAAGAGGCCGAUAACCAAUACCGGCACGCGUUCCUCAUUUUGGAACCCAAGAAGAAGGACUCCAGCAGUCACGUGAAGCACGUGCUUUGCGCUGAGAACGACCGGGAGAGAGAUCAGUGGGUUGAUGCUCUGCUCAGAUGGAUCGACUUCAAGGAUCCCGAGGAGGAGGAGGCUCAGGCGGCAAAGCAUCAUGCUCAUGACCGCCAAGCGGCUGCUGCCGCCGAGCGCGCUGAGAAGAAGAAGCAGAGAUACAAGAAGACGGCUUCUCAACACCAACCCCAGCAACAACAACAGCCGACUGAGUCGUCAGACAACCUUAUCGGUGUUCGUUAUGACGCCACAUCCCAGGGUGACCUACCUCAGCACGGUGCUCCCGUACGACCAAGGGGCCCUGGAGGGCCUAUGCCAGAUCACCAUCACGCUGAGGCGAUGGGAAUGUCUUCACAACCGUCGAUGAUGAUCUCUGCUCCGAGAGAUAUGCAUCCCAUUGCUGAUUCGGCUCAGUGGGGCAACAAGCCUGGCCUCGGUCUUCCCGUCAACGAGGAGAAGAAGAUCAAGAAACGCAGCUUCUUCGGCUUCGGGCCCAAGACUAGGUCAUCGUCUGAUGGACAAGACUCCUUGUUCGGUGGAAGUGAGGGUGGUUCCUCAACCCCUCCGCAAGGCGGCUAUGCCGGUCCCGUGCGCCAGGCGUUCGGAGCACCAUUGGCCGAGGCGGUGCGAUACAACCAUCCCGUCGACAUCAAUGUACCACUGCCUGCAGUCGUUUACAGGUGUAUUCAGUACCUAGACGCCAAGAACGCUAUCUUGGAGGAAGGCAUCUUCCGUUUGAGUGGCUCCAACGUUGUCAUCAAGCAACUCCGCGAGCGCUUCAACGUUGAGGGUGACGUCAAUCUGGUGACCGACGAGACUUACUACGACAUUCAUGCUGUCGCUUCCUUGCUCAAGUUGUACCUGCGUGAACUGCCUACGACCAUCCUUACUCGAGACCUUCACCUGGAGUUUUUGGCAGUCACAGAAAUGUCUGGCCUCAAGGAAAAGAUCUUCGCUCUAUCUGAGCUGGUGCAGAGGCUUCCUCAAGCAAACGCCACGCUGCUGAAGUACCUGAUCGCUUUCCUGAUCAAGAUCAUCAACAACGCAGACAUGAAUAAGAUGACGGUGCGCAAUGUAGGUAUCGUCUUCUCGCCGACUUUGAACAUUCCAGCGCCCGUCUUCGCGAUGCUCUUGCAAAACUACUCGGGCAUCUUCGGUUUUGAACCCGAAGAAUAUGAGUUACCGUCCUCCUUUGACGGAGAUUCCGGCCGUGAGCGAUCGGGAUCUUUGCCGAGUAUGGCCAAUGGUCUGCCCAACCGACCGUCAUUCGACCCGCAGCAAGCGCGUCCCUCUACGUCCGCCGGAUCGAGCCAGUCGCCUCACCGGCAAAGACUCAUGGAGGCCAUGACAGGCCAGCAGAGAACUAGCGGAACACCGCCGCCCCUUCUGCAAGACUUGCACAGUGCUCGAUCAUCACCUACACCUCCGCCAAACUACCCGACCAGCCGUGGGCAGGGUUAUGAGCCUCAGUAUGCGCCGCAAGGGUAUGAGUCGAACGGUUAUCACGGCAUGGCCCAAAGCUACGACAACGGCUCUGGCGGCUACAGCCAGCCCCACAAACGACGAGAGAGCGCCAUCUUUAUGGGCAACAUGAUGGGAUUAAACCCGCAAAGCUCUAAGAGUCGUCUCCGAGAGGAGACUCGCUUCUGA